AUGACUAUAUCAUUACUAUUCAUGAUUAUUUUUGUUGUAUAUUCACGUCCUAUAAAACCACCAUCUUUAGGUGAUGGAUUUGUUAAAGUAGAUAAUCAUUAUGAAUUUGGAAUUAACAAUCAUUUGAAAGGUAAUACUGGUGAAACAGAAUUACAAUAUUCUGCUGAUAUAAAACCAAACGUUCAUUCAUUUGAUUUUGAUGAAUCAAUUGAAAGUGUUGAAUGUCAAGGAGAUGAUUUGAUAGUUUCAACAAAUAAUAAAUAUAUUGAAACAUGGGGUGAUAACUCACUUGUUACAGGGUCUAAUGAAAUGUGGAAAACUUCAUGUUCAUUAAAUAGAAGAGUAUUAGAUAUUGAACUAAUCUAUGAAAAAGAAGGAUUAUAUUAUUAUUUACUCACAACAGAGAAAGCAUCAUUUAAUGAGUACUUCAAUCAAUUAAAAGUUAUUUAUACUCCAAAUAAUAAUGAUAUAUAUAAUAAAGAAAAUAAAACAAAAGGAUUUAGAAAUGUGAUUUUUAAAGAAGAAAUUAAUGUAGAUCCAUCAACAGUUAAAAUAACAUCAAUACCAACAGAAAUAUUACAACCAAGUGAUUAUAUAGAAACAAAAGGAUCAUCAAAAAUAUUACCAUUUAGUAUUGAAGCACCAGUUGGUACUGUAAAUGUUGCACGUGGUGAUGAAUAUUGUAUAAGUUACAGACUUCUUAAAGGAAUUGAAGAUAUUCAAGGAGAAAUAAUAUUUGAUGUUUAUCCUAAUAUUAAAGCAACAACAAACCCUAUUAAAAAAUUUUUCAAAUGGAUACUCAGUUUAUUUGAAAAGGAUAAAUCAUAUCCAGUGAAAGAUACUAAAUAUUCAAGUGAUGAAGUAUAUACUAAAUGUAUUGAAAUAGAUAAAUCAUAUAAAGAAGAUAAAAGUUAUUCAGUUAAAAUGAAGAUGGAAGGAUACAAAGAAAUUGAAGGACCUAUGUUUUAUGUAGAGAAAGAUGAACCUCUUUUUAUAAUAACACCAGUAGAAGGAGAAUUUAUAGAUUAUACAAAAACAAAAGAGAUUUUAGUUCAAUGGGAAUAUACAAGUGAAUUUAAAUAUUCAAAUAAUGUUAAAAUGCAAUUAAAAAAGAGUAGAUUAGGAUAUGAUAAAAGUAUUGGAGAGAGUCAACAUAUAAAUCAUUUUGAUAAGAAAGAACAAAAGUUUAUAUUUAAUGAUAAAAUGAAUAUUAAAAGUGGAUCAGCUUAUUAUAUUGAAUUAAGAUAUCAUUGUUGGAAAGUUCCAUUUAUUGGUGAUUGGUGUUCAACAAAAAGAUCAAAUAUAUUUACAAUUAGUAAUGGAGAAGUUAACGGAGAAAUAGAAAUUAAAACACCCAUAUUAGGACAAACAUUUAAAACAGGAGAAGAAAUCAUAGUAACAUGGGAUUAUUCAGGGGAUAAAAGUAAUAUAGAAUUAAAUGUAAAACUAAAAAGAAAUAGAUUGAGUAGUAUUUAUAAUAUGAAAAAGGUUAAAGCAAGUGAUAAACAAAUAAAAAUACCAGUACCAGAAGUAAAAGAUAAUACAAAUUAUUUUAUUGAAAUUGAAUACUUAAAUGGAGACAAUAAACAAUAUUCAUAUUCAGAUUUCUUUUGUAUUAAUCAUGAAAAAAUGAUUGAAUUUGAUGAUAUUAAAUAUGAUAAUGAUAAAAAACAACUAUCAUUUAAAAUUAAAACAUUAAAACACCAAAAAUUAGAUGAAUCAUUCAUUACAAUUGAACAAGAUUUUCCAAUAUUGUUAUGGAAUAAUAAACCGUUAAAUAAUGAAAAACAUAAUAUUAAAUCUAUGAAAUUAACUGAUAAAAAAGAUUAUUAUGAAUAUUCAAUUAUUAUUGAUGACUUUACUGAUAAUUCAAUGUUCUAUGUAUAUUUAAGAUAUAAUUAUGAAUGUAAAAUUAUUGAUUAUUUCUGUCAUUCUGAAUAUUCAAAAAAAUUUUCAAUUCCAUAUAAUAAGAAUAUUGGAUGGAAUAUUGAAGAAGAUGGUAGUGUAAAAGAAAAACAAAAAAGUAUAAUGAAUUUAGAUUGUUCAAUAUGUUCUACAACUGAUAACACAUUAAUUAACAAAACAUUAUGUAGUUUAUGUAAUACAUUGAAAAAUGAUAAUAUAACAACUGAUAUUAAAUUAAAAACAACAUGUGAAGAUUGUUAUGUACUUAAUAAUUUUAAAAUUGGACCAAUUGAACUUGAUAUUGGAUUUACUGGAGUGUAUAAAUUUGAUGCAAAGAUACUUGGACAUUUUGAUUUAGGUUUAGAUUUUAAGAAUGAGUUAAGUGGUACAAUGAAUUUUCAGUACUCUGUUGAUCCUAUACGAGUAUCAUUAAGUGAUAUUUUAAGUAUUACACUUGGUAUUGUUCCAUUUGGAUUUGAUGUAUUUCUUGAUUUUGGAGUUAAACUUGAUUUAGGAUUAACAGGAACAGCUAUUGUUGAAACCAAGUUCAAAAAAGAAUUUGAUUAUACAUUAUAUAUUUCAUAUCCAAAUGCAAAUAUUAAUGAAGGUACUUAUAUUUGUGAUUAUGCACAAAUAAAGAUAGAUGAUAAAAAAGAUUAUAAGGUAUUUAAACCAACAAUAAAUAUAAAUGGAGAAUUAGACAUAACAAUUACACCAAAUGUUGGAAUAACAUUUUCAACACCAUUAUUUGAUGGAUAUGCAAAAUUAGAAUUUCCACUUGUAAAUCAAGUGAGAUAUGAUCAAACAGCAUUUGCAGGAACAUAUGAUAAAAAUGUAGCUAAAAUUGUUUAUGGAUUAGAAGAAGAUCAUCAUUUUGAAUAUACACUUGAUAUUUAUGGACAAAUUAAUUUAGGAUACAAAAUAAGAUUAGCAAUUUAUAAGAAAGAAAAUGAAAAACCAUUUAAUUUAUUUGAACCAAUAAAAAUGGUGAAAAUUGGAUUUUAUAAUGUUGAAAAAGAAAAAGAAAUAAGAAAAAUACCAAUAAAAAUAACAUCAGAAAUGAUAAGUGAUUAUGAAGAUAAUUCGGAAGGAAUCAUUAAAUUAGUAGUAAGUGAUAUUAUAAAAUAUAUUGAAGAAGAAUUUAGAAUAACAAUAGAAAAUAAAGAAUAUUUUAUCAAUGAUACAAGUGAAACAAUUAUAACAGAAAAUAAACAAUAUGGAAUAAUUGAUAUAGAAAUUAAAAAUGAAGGAAUUAGUAUAGAAGAUAUAAGUCAAAUAUGUGAUGUAUUAAAAGAAAAUAAUCAAAUUGAAUCAAAAUAUGUAUAUCUUAAAGAAUAUAGUAAAUAUAUUGAUGGAUGUGGGAAUAUUGCAAUUGAAAAUGAUAAAAGUGAAGAAACAAUAAGUUCAAAAUGUGAAAAAUAUGAACAUUGUUCAAUGUGUUCAAAAUCAGAAUGUUUUAAAUGUGAAAAAGGAUAUGGAUUAAAUGAAGAAGGAAAAUGUACAAAUGUAGAAUGUAAGAAUUUUAAAGGAUGUUCAAAAUGUACAGUAACUAAAUGUUUAGAAUGUUCUAAUGGGAAAGAUGUAUUUAAUGAUAAAUGUAUGAUAGAAGAAUGUUUGGAAUUUGAAGGAUGUUUAGAAUGUACAAGAAGAGAAUGUACUAAAUGUAAUAAAGGAUAUGAAUUAGAACAUGGAGAAUGUAAAAGAAAAAGUUGUUCAAAAUUUGCAAAAUGUGAAUUUUGUAAUAAUGAAGAAUGUCUUGAAUGUGAAAAAGGAAUAGAACUUAUUGAUGGAGCAUGUAAAAUGGAAGAAUGUAAUAAUUUUGAAUAUUGUUCAGAAUGUACAGAUAAAAAAUGUAUUAAAUGUAAAGAAACAUAUAAAAUAAAUAAUAAAGGGAUUUGUGAAUUAAAUAAAUGUUCAGAAAUAAUGAAUUGUAAUAUAUGUGAAGAAGGAAAAUGUCUUGAAUGUUUAGAUAAAUUACCAAUGAUUAAUGAUAUAUGUUAUCCAUCAACAUGUUCUAGUUUCAAUAAAUGUUUUAGAUGUGAUAAUAAAAAAUGUAUUCAAUGUGUUGAUGGAACAAUAACAACAGAUGGAACAUGUCAAAAAGCAGAAAAUAAUAAAGAAAAUAUAUAUUGUUUAUUACCAAAUUAUUUAUUUGAACAAAAAGAACUUGGAAAGUGUACAAUAAAUUCUGAUCAAUCAUCAGAUAUGGUUGUUUAUGAUGGAACAAAAUAUUUAAAUUUACAUUAUCCAACAUCACCUGAUUGUGGAAUAAAAGGAGAUACAUAUUCAAUUAUAACAGAAAUUGGAAUUUGUAGUAAAAAUAUAAUUAAUAUUAAUAGUAAAGGAUAUAUUUAUAAAGAUAAUAGUUGUGGUAUAAAUGAAAAAGAAAGAACAAUUUUAACAAGUUCAGGAUGUAUUUCAUAUAAUAGUGGAAGUGGAAGUAUUAGAUCAAGAAUUACAACAGAUGAAUUGAUAAUUGAAGUAUUUAAUGAAAAUAAUUGUAAUGGAAAUAAUAAUAAAUAUUCAUAUAAUCUUGGUGAAUGUUUUGAAGAUGAAUAUAAAAAUGGAUAUAAAAUUAUUACAGAUAAAGAAUAUGAUUGUUCUAAAUAUGGAAAAUGUAUUAAAUGUAAUGAUACUACAUGUCUUAAUUGUAAUAAUAAAUAUACAUUAAAUUCUGGAAAAUGCUAUUACAAUUGUGAAGAAUAUCAACACUGUUCAGAGUGUGAUGAAAUAAAAUGUAUUAAAUGUGAAAAAGGUUAUAAAAUGAAUUAUGGUGAAUGUGAAGAUGGUUCAACACCUAUGAUGAUACUAUCUCUUAUCAUCUUUUUAACCUUAGUAAUUUAA